UAUUCCUUUCUCUUCUCAUACAGUAGUGAACAUCGUACAUCAGUGCGGUUUGAAACCGAGAAACUUCCAUGGAGGCACCAAAAGAUCACUAUACAUUGUAGCAAUGCUGCCAUUCCAGGAACAUUCUCAGGUUUUGCUUCAGUUAUGAGUGGCAUCGUCGAAUCGUGCCCAACAAACCUUACAGAAGUCCUAGCGGCAUCAGCGAGACUAAACUGUAGUAAAGACGGGUAUGGAAAUGAUAAGUAUGAAUGUCUUCCUAACUCCAAGAAGACUGGACUUGUGGAAUUCUGCAAUGGAGGGGGCAUUCCGUUGGUAGUAGAUGGUUAUUGUUUGGAGACAGAAGGGGGCCAGUUGUACUACAGCAAAUGUCAACACUUCAUCUAUGGUUGUCCGAGUAAGGCGUACCUUGCCAAUGAGAUAUACAAAUAUCCCGCCUGUCUGAAUAUCAACACAGAGAGCCAGUGUUUUCUUGCUGAUCCAUCAUGUCCAAAUCUGACCUCACCAUUCACUACCAAAGACAUGAUGGACACACCAUCCACCUACCCGGGCUUCUCUAACACAACUGUGAAUACUCUCUACAACACGACCACAUCCAUAGAAGAUGUACCUGAUGUAGGGGUAGUUGUGGGAGGUGUGAUAGCCGGAGUGUUUGUUAUUACAGUCCUGUUGAUUUUAGUGUGCGUUGUCUACAGAAGGUGGAGAAGGAGAACGCAACAAACUAACAAAGGAAAUGACGUAGAAUCCCAACCACUUACACCAUUCGGCAAACAGAGAGAUGAAUAUGAAGAAAACAGUAACCCUCCUGCUGGAGACGAUGAAGAAUCCCAACGAAACGGCGAAGAAUCCCAACCACGUACAUCAAUCGACGAACAGAAAGAUGGAUAUGAAGAAAAUAGUAACCCUCCUGCUGAGUCGAAGAAACCUGAGAAUAAAGAAGGCAGUGUCCCCGAUGAAGAGUCACAGAAACCUGACGAUAAAAAGUACAGUGUCCCUGAUGAAGUAAAGAAUCAAAUAGAAAACCAAGGAAUUGAUUUCCUAAGAAGCAUGUCCUCAGAACAUGAGAAGUAUCGCAAUGGAAUAGCACAGAUAUUGCAAGUCCCUGUAGAAGUUCUUGGAAUGUCAAACGAAGACAUUGAAACCUUCAUCAGAAACUACAAAAAAGGGAGUACAAAGGUAUACUGUGGUCGUGGAAUGGUGGUGGGUUACUUUGGGGCAGGAAAGACAACUCUGGUAAAGAAAUUGAAGGGAGAAGAUGCAUCUCAUCCACCAGAAUCCACGAGAGGAUUAGAAGUUCAUACAAACAUUUUUACUCUAGAUGAAGACGAAACUAGUUUGAUGGUUAACAAGGAUCAGAAGAGUAAACAUAUUUUGCAAAUAACUCUGGGAACUUCUGGGAGUGAAUCUGAUGAAACUUCAUUGAACGCUACACAAUCAAAUCCAAAAGCUGAUGAUGAAAUACAAACUACAACUAUCUCAUCAGCAAUAAAUGGUACAGAACCUUCAUCUCAAAAACACGAAAAGAAAUAUGAUUUGCCAUUUCAAAAAAUUAAGACUGGUUCCACCUUUGAAAAGUCAAAUGAUUUUCCUAGUAAAGCUGAGGAAAAAUCUCAUAAAACUGGAAAAUAUCUUGAUACGCAUCCCUUAAAAGAUCAGAUUAAACACAGUGUUCCGAAUAAGACUGAUGAAAAUCAACAAAUUUUGGGACAUGACAUAGGUAGUCCCCUACCUAAUGUCAGUGAUAAGCCAAUAAAGACGAUAAGUUUGUUGGACUUUGCUGGUCAAGAUGCUUACUACGCCUGUCAUCACAUCUUCUUAAGUCCAAGGAGUUUUUACAUCCUAGUGACGGAUAUGUCUAAGGAAUUGACCGAAAAGCCAACCAACGCUCUUCAGACAAAGGAUCUCAUAUACAGCGAUUGGACUCACCGGGAUUACAUCAACCACUGGCUAGGAUCAAUCCACACAUACAGUUCGGAAACAGCACCCGUCAUUCUGGUUCUAUCGCAUUCAGAGACAAAAGAGAAGGCAGAGAAAAAAUACUUUCUGAAAGUACUAGAAGGUAUAACGAAAACAUUACAAGGCCAUUUAAGCGUAAAUAGUGUGUUUGCAGUAGAAAAAGAGUCUGAUAAAAAUAUUGAAAAGAUCAAAUUAAGUAUGAUAAAGGUAGUCACGGAACAAAGCCAUUGGGGAGAGUCCAUUCCUACAUCAUGGGUUCAUCUAGAGGCCUAUCUAAUGGAAAUCAAAAAACGUCAAAUGGUUUUGCAAAAGACAAACCUUUGGGAGGCAUUGUCAUCUAAAAAAACAAUGGGGAUUACACGUGAAGAGGAUAUGACGACUGCACUGAAAUUGUUUAAUGACAUUGGCGUUAUUGUCUUCACCAAUUCCGCAGAGUCCAUUAUUCUUGGUGUCCAGUGGUUUGUAGAUGCCUUUAAGCACAUUAUAACAGAUGAAGAUCACGCAGAGCAUGAUAUAGCAAAGCAUUUCUACGAGUGGAAAAACUUCAACACCAAUGGAAUUUUGCCAAAGAACUUAGUAAAAGAAAUAUGGAGAGGACAAGAGUCAUUCACUAAAUACACGGAAGAUUUAAUAUUUCACAUGAUCAACCUUGGAAUGAUUGCUGAAAUGGAAAAGGGAGAAAAAUACUAUGUCCCUUGUAUGAACAAGCAAAAGUAUGACACGAAUGUCUUGGACAACUGUACUUAUUCUUCCACUGUCUGCUUCAUGUUUGAAUAUCUACCAUUGGUGAUUUUCCAUCGUUUAAUUGCCACAUGUAUGACAACAGAAGGCUGGAGGAUCUGGGAUGGGAACGAUCAGAAUCAGAGGUUUGGUCAAACCAGUGAAUGUGUGUUUCACACUGCUGCCAUACUUAAAGUAAAAGGUCAUCUCAAGAUUCUGAUAGGGAUAACAGAAAAGAAGACAUAUUUACAGGAUCCGAAAAAUACACGUCCCUAUUCCAUAGAAAUACAGGGCAUUGUUUUCAAAGAUAAAAAGAUGCCAAGACUGUUUAGUGAAGUUGAAAGAAUAAAACAACAUCUAAAAGAUUUAACUUCAUGUUUUGGAGCAAAUCGUGACAGGGCCUAUAAGAUUGGAUAUAGAUGUUCAAGAGUCCCAUUCUCUGACACUUCUGAUUCCCAUAUCAUAUUACAGUCUGCAAACGAAUGUACAGAAUGUAGGAAGAGUGGAGUAAUUGACGACAUGAAAAUAGAUUGGACGGAUGACGGAACAUCUAGGAUUGACACAUUCGAUAUUAUUGAAAAGAACCAUGAGAGGAAUAUGGACCAAGUCGAUUUAUCUCCAGGAUCAAUAGAACACGACAAAAAAGUUGCAAUGGCCAGUUCCCAUUCUGCGUCUACACCGGAGACAACGAAUUUACUCAGAGCAUUUCAGCUUCUGCUAGGUCCCUGCACUAAACAAUUCCGAGACGUAUUACGUAGACACAUACCACAUUCAACAUUCUCACAAGUCAUUUCACAGGAGGAGAAUAAGAAUGCGCUUCCCCGUCUGACUACAGUACAGCGAGAUCUUAUUGUACCUACACAUGGUAGUUACAGUGGUACCUACGAUGAUAUGGAUAUCCCCUUGAUCUAUAUGCUACUUAGAAACGUAUGUAGCAUACCACCACACAGCAAGGGCUGGGGAAAAGACCCAGACUCCACUGACAGAUCACUCUCUGCCAACAUUGAGAGGAUCCGAAUAGCCAGAAACAAAUGCGCUCAUUAUCCAAGUGACUCUCUCUCUAAUUCGGAAUUUAACUCACUUUGGUCAGAAGUGAGAUCCGCAGUUGUGGACCUAGACUCCUUUCUCAAUAACGGGAAUCAGUAUGAAAGAGAAGUUGAUUUACAGAGACAGAAAUCAAUGCACCUGGAACGUGAUCAUCGUUUGAGGGAGGAGCUACGAAAACAGGCAGAACAAAUUCGUGAAAACAGAGGGGAGAUACAACGAGUAAAUGACAAAGUGGACAUGAUUGAAAACAAACUUCAAGAACAUACAAAGAAAAUUGAGAAAAUUGAAGAAAUUCAACAAAAUCAAAUGAAAGUUGAAGGAAAUGGAGGAUAUAUACAGCCUGAUCACAAACAGGACCACGAUAAUGUAUUACACGAAGCCUGCAAGAAUGCGGAGCUACAAACGUGUGAACAUCUUAUCCAAACACACCCUCACCUUCUACACAGUGUAGAUAAUGAUGGAUGGAAUGCUGCUCUAUACGCCGCUAGAGGAGGAAACGUUAAAAUUCUACAACUACUGGCAGAUAAUGAAGUAGACGUCAAACAUAAAGCCAAUAACGGCUGGAACAUUCUUCACACGGCAUGUAUACACUCUAACUUAGAAAUGAGUCGUUUUAUCAUCCAAACAUACCCCGACCUUCUACACAGUGUAGAUAAUGCUGGAUGGAAUGCUGCUCUACACGCCGCUAGAGGAGGAAACGUUAACAUUCUACAACUACUGGCAGAUAAUGAAGUAGACGUCAAACAUAAAGCCAAUAACGGCUGGAACAUUCUAAACGUGGCAUGUGUCAACGCUAACUUAGAAAUGAGUCGUUAUAUCAUCCAAACAUACCCCGACCUUCUACACAGUGUAGAUAAUGAUGGAUGGAAUGCUGCUCUAUACGCCGCUGGAGGAGGAAACGUUAAAUUUCUACAACUACUGGCAGAUAAUGAAGUAGACGUCAAACAUAAAGCCAAUAACGGCUGGAACAUUCUUCACGCGGCAUGUAGGAACGGUGAAUUAGAAAUGAGUCGUUAUAUCAUCCAAACACACCCUGACCUUCUACACAGUGUAGAUAAUGAUGGAUGGAAUGCUGCUCUAUACGCCGCUGGAGGAGGAAACGUUAAAUUUCUACAACUACUGGCAGAUAAUGAAGUAGACGUCAAACAUAAAGCCAAUAACGGCUGGAACAUUCUUCACGCGGCAUGUAGGAACGGUGAAUUAGAAAUGAGUCGUUAUAUCAUCCAAACACACCCUGACCUUCUACACAGUGUAGAUAAUGAUGGAUGGAAUGCUGCUCUACACGCCUCUGGAGGAGGAAACGUUAAAAUUCUACAACUACUGGCAGAUAAUGAAGUAGACGUCAAACAUAAAGCCAAUAACGGCUGGAACAUUCUAAACGUGGCAUGUGUCAGCACUAACUUAGAAAUGAGUCGUUAUAUCAUCCAAACAUACCCCGACCUUCUACACAGUGUAGAUAAUGAUGGAUGGAAUGCUGCUCUACACGCUGCUAGAGGAGGAAACGUUAACAUUCUACAACUACUGGCAGAUAAUGAAGUAGACGUCAAACAUAAAGACAAUGACGGCUGGAACAUUCUUCACACGGCAUGUGUCAACGCUAACUUAGAAAUGAGUCGUUAUAUCAUCCAAACAUACCCCGACCUUCUACACAGUGUAGAUAAUGCUGGAUGGAAUGCUGCUCUAUACGCCGCUAGAGGAGGAAACGUUAAAAUUCUACAACUACUGGCAGAUAAUGAAGUAGACGUCAAACAUAAAGACAAUGACGGCGGGAACAUUCUUCACGUGGCAUGUGUCAACGCUAACUUAGAAAUGAGUCGUUAUAUCAUCCAAACAUACCCCGACCUUCUACACAGUGUAGAUAAUGAUGGAUGGAAUGCUGCUCUACACGCUGCUAGAGGAGGAAACGUUAAAAUUCUACAACUACUGGCAGAUAAUGAAGUAGACGUCAAACAUAAAGCCAAUAACGGUUGGAACAUUCUUCACGCGGCAUGUAGGAACGGUGAAUUAGAAAUGAGUCGUUAUAUCAUCCAAACAUACCCCGACCUUCUACACAGUGUAGAUAAUGAUGGAUGGAAUGCUGCUCUACACGCUGCUAGAGGAGGAAACGUUAACAUUCUACAACUACUGGCAGAUAAUGAAGUAGACGUCAAACAUAAAGACAAUGACGGCUGGAACAUUCUUCACAUGACAUGUUUCAACGCUAACUUAGAAAUGAGUCGUUAUAUCAUCCAAACAUACCCCGACCUUCUACACAGUGUAGAUAAUGCUGGAUGGAAUGCUGCUCUACACGCUGCUAGAGGAGGAAACGUUAAAAUUCUACAACUACUGACAGAUAAUGAAGUAGACGUCAAACAUAAAAACAAUGACGGCUGGAACAUUCUUCACACGGCAUGUGUCAACGCUAACUUAGAAAUGAGUCGUUAUAUCAUCCAAACAUACCCUGACCUUCUACACAGUGUAGAUAAUGAUGGAUGGAAUGCUGCUCUACACGCUGCUAUAGGAGGAAACGUUAAAAUUCUACAACUACUGGCAGAUAAUGAAGUAGACGUCAAACAUAAAGACAAUGACGGCUGGAACAUUCUUCACACGGCAUGUAACAACUCUAACUUAGAAAUGAGUCGUUAUAUCAUCCAAACAUACCCCGACCUUCUACACAGUGUAGAUAAUGAUGGAUGGAAUGCUGCUCUACACGCUGCUAGAGGAGGAAACGUUAAAAUUCUACAACUACUGGCAGAUAAUGAAGUAGACGUCAAACAUAAAGACAAUGACGGCUGGAACAUUCUUCACACGGCAUGUGACAACUCUAACUUAGAAAUGAGUCGUUAUAUCAUCCAAACAUACCCCGACCUUCUACACAGUGUAGAUAAUGAUGGAUGGAAUGCUGCUCUACACGCUGCUAGAGGAGGAAACGUUAAAAUUCUACAACUACUGGCAGAUAAUGAAGUAGACGUCAAACAUAAAGCCAAUGACGGCUGGAACAUUCUUCACGCGGCAUGUGUCAACGCUAACUUAGAAAUGAGUCGUUAUAUCAUCCAAACACACCCUGACCUUCUACACAGUGUAGAUAAUGAUGGAUGGAAUGCUGCUCUACACGCCUCUAGAGGAGGAAACGUUAAAAUUCUACAACUACUGGCAGAUAAUGAAGUAGACGUCAAACAUAAAAACAAUGACAGCUGGAACAUUCUUCACGUGGCAUGUGUCCACGCUAACUUAGAAAUGAGUCGUUAUAUCAUCCAAACAUACCCCGACCUUCUACACAGUGUAGAUAAUGCUGGAUGGAAUGCUGUUCUACACGCCGCUAGAGGAGGAAACGUUAACAUUCUACAACUACUGGCAGAUAAUGAAGUAGACGUCAAACAUAAAGCCAAUAACGGCUGGAACAUUCUUCACGCGGCAUGUUUCCACUGUAACUUAGAAAUGAGUCGUUAUAUUAUCCAAACAUACCCUGACCUUCUACACAGUGUAGAUAAUGAUGGAUGGAAUGCUGCUCUAUUCGCCGCUGGAGGAGGAAACGUUAACAUUCUACAACUACUGGCAGAUAAUGAAGUAGACGUCAAACAUAAAGCCAAUAACGGCUGGAACAUUCUUCACACGGCAUGUGUCUACGCUAACUUAGAGAUGAGUCGUUAUAUCAUCCAAACAUACCCUGACCUUCUACACAGUGUAGAUAAUUAUGGACGGAAUGCUGCUCUACACGCCGCUAGAGGAGGAAACGUUAAAAUUCUACAACUACUGGCAGAUAAUGAAGUAGACGUCAAACAUAAAACCAAUAACGGCUGGAACAUUCUUCACGCGGCAUGUAGGAACGGUGAAUUAGAAAUGAGUCGUUAUAUCAUCCAAGCAUACCCUGACCUUCUACACAGUGUAGAUAAUUAUGGACGGAAUGCUGCUCUACACGCUGCUAGAGGAGGACACGUUAAAAUUCGACAAUUACUGACCAAGCACCGAGUUCAUUCAUUCAUUCAUUCUUUAUUUCCUCCUAAAGGAGAUUUUUAUACAACACUUAUACAUUAGAAAUAAACAUCACAUAGGUAGUAUAUAAGACAGAAAAAAAAAAUUAUAUUGUGAAUACAUGUUAUAGGUAAGUUAUACCACAGGUACUCGAUUUGAAGAAAAAUGUUUUCUCACAUCGUACGUUAAUAUACGUAUAUUAUAUAUGAAAACAUACAUACAUAUGCACACAUCUAUAUUUACAUAUGCACGUAUAUGUUCAUAUGCAUAACCAGUUAAUUUGCAUCAUUGGGCACAGUGUGAAAUACGACAUUGAGAUAUCUAGACUGGGCAGUUACUUUGGUUUGCGAUUGUUCGCUUAGGUUGAAAUUACGUACCUAAACGAGACAUUCUGUAGUACCAGGCUGCUGCAUCCCUUAAUAAACGAAAGUUAAGGAGAUGUAAACUGGAGGAUUGUUCAGAAAAUAUAAGGCCUGGCAGAGACCUUCCACCUAAAAGAAACGUAUAUAGGUCACGACUGUCAAGUCCACACAACUCAGCGGAUAAGUUGAUAUCAAAAUUCUCUACUAUUGUUUGCCACCAAGCUUCUCUAAAUACAAAGGUUCCUUUGCAUGCUGUUGAAGCAUGUUCAAAUACAUUUGUAAAAACACGAUGACAAAUUAUACACGUUUCGGGUGGAGUAUCCACAAGAGUCCAGAGUUUCACUAUGAAUUUGCAAAGUUGAACUUCAUGCAUGCCAGUAGGAAUUUGCCAGAGCAUGCUGGGAUUUCUAUUUUGGGUUAUACAUCUGAAGAGUGUGAAUUCAGGGUCUCCGAGUAUACGUGCUGAUCUAGUUUCUGAAAAAUGGCUGGAUACAACAGAGUUUACAGUUCUUUUCCAUUCUACUUGGGUGGGAAACAUUCCACUUUGUAGAUAUGAGUGGAGAUGUAUUUGAAGGCAAUACUUGUUGAGGAGAUCGAUCACAUCCGGUAUGAACCCAUAAUGUUUGUGUUUUGGAAAGUCGAUGUAUGAAAAAAGACGGUUAAGAAAGAUCUGUUUAGUGAGGUUGUUUGUUUCCAUCCGACAUAGGCGACCAAAGAACUGUAAUUUUCGUUUGUCUAUUUCAGACACUAUUGGCAUUAGUCCGAACAGUGACUCACACAUGUCCGAUCGUGUUUGUUUGGGGAGAUUCAUAGCAUGUUUACAAAUAAAGUGCUGAAAGAUGUUGAGGGAGCGAAUAUCUUUUUGUCUGAGAUCACACCAUAGUUCACUUCCGUAUAAGACGCCAGGAAGAAUAACUCGUUUAUAUAAUUUGGAUAAAGUCGCAGGGUUGAGGUGUUCAUUGAUUUUAAGAGCAAAAUAUGACUGUUGUCCUUUUCUGCAUGCAUUGGCAAUCCUAUCACUGGGAUCCAUUUUUGCAUCAAGAAGAAUACCAAGAUGAGUGUAAGCUUUUGAGAGUUGAAUAGUAUUCUGGCCAAGUCGCCAUGAGGUGGAGUUAAUACCUGUAUCUGAGGGAGAGAAGCGCAAAACACUAGAUUUAUUUGCGUUGAAGGUAAAUCUCCACCGUAUUGAGUAGCUGUAGGCUGUGUCUAGAAGAACUUGGAGUGACCGUGGAGACAAGGCAACACAGGAAAUACUGAUUUAAUAAUUUAAUUUAAUAAACAUUUGGGUUCAGUUCCUUCGUUCAAUUUCUUAAUUAUAUGAAAUUGCUUAUAGUCGAAUAAACAUAUCAGAGUGCUUCAAUGUC